UGCAACGCGGGACGAUACUUCAGAGGGCGACUGAUGAUUGUUCAGAGGAGCCGCUGCGGCUGAAGGGAAAUCUUAUAAACGCUCAUUUUUUGGCAACCUUUAGGGAAAAUAUAUAUCUUUGUACCUCUAUGGAAAUGAAGGACAUAUUAAUCCCAGAUUGAAAAAGCGCCGUUUGGGACACUUUUUUUUUUUGUAAGAAAACGGAAACUUAUUUCUUUCUUUGAUAUUCUAGGCACUUGUACAACUAUUUAAAAUAGAAUGGCCGAUAGCAAGCAUCCGCACGUCAUCUUCUGCAACGACUCACCCCAAAGGGUUUUGGUAUCUGUCAUCAAGACUCCGAUCAAACCCAGAAAACCGGAGAGCCUGACUCCGACCAGCCCGGGCUUCAGCGACUUCAUGGUCUACCCCUGGAAGUGGGGGGAGAACGCCCACAAUGUGACCCUGAGUCCGGGCUCAGGGAGCGGGGCCGCUUCCCCAACUGGGUCCCAAACAGCCACGGAGGCGGACAGCGCUGCUUCCCCGGACCAGAUCAAGGACGGUAUCCGCAGAGGCCGGCCUCGAGCAGACACAGUCCGGGAGCUGAUAAGUGAAGGCGAGACCUCCUCCAGCCGCAUCCGAUGCAACAUCUGCAACAGGGUGUUCCCCAGAGAGAAGUCACUGCAGGCUCAUAAGCGAACACACACAGGAGAGAGACCCUAUCUGUGCGACUUCCCAAACUGCGGGAAGGCGUUUGUCCAGAGCGGUCAGCUGAAGACUCACCAGCGGCUGCACACCGGGGAGAAACCAUUCGUCUGCUCAGAGAAAGGUUGUGGCAGUCGUUUCACUCACGCCAACCGUCACUGCCCCAAGCAUCCUUUCUCACGUCUCAACAGAGAGGAACCGAAGGCGGGUCUGGGAAAGGCUCAGUCUGUGGAUAACAAGGCCGUGGCAGAGUGGCUAGCUAAGUACUGGCAAACCCGCGAGCAGCGUGCCCCUACAACUACCAAGAUGAAGCCGCAGGGCAAGGCGAGGCUGGAGGACCAAGAGCAGCACGAUCCCAUGGGGUUUCUGCAUUCUGACGAGGAGAACGGAGACGAGCAGGAGGCCAUCGAGGAGGAGAAGGGUAAUCCGGGCGGUGCAGCCAGGCGACGCCUUCAGGAGCAGAGGGAGCGUCUCCACGGUGCUCUGGCCCUCAUUGAGCUGGCCAACAACCUGUCUGCUUGAAGUCCCCCCCACCCCACCCAGGACUCUCCCAACCUUCUCUAAUCGCCUUCCUGCAGUUAUGUGCUGUAGCUAAACGUUCUUCAUAAACGCAGAUCAACGCCUAGUUUAGUUUACUUUAUAAAGUUGUAAAACCAGACUUUGAGAAAGAAGCUGACUUGGCCUGAGAUCAGUGUUAAAGCACAGAAUCCCCCCCCCCAUCAGCACCAGGAAGGCACAAGCUAAAGCACCUUACUCAGCUUCCAUUUUAACCUUUUGGCUGCUAUAAAUGUAGGUUUUACAACAUGAAGAAUGUCUCUUUCCUGCCUUCUAAAGGCACAGAAAGAAUACCUAUUGUUUUAAUUUGAUUUUGUUUGCACUUUGGUAACGAGUUAUUUUCUUUUCUUUUUUUUUAAAGUAUAUUGUGGGAAAAAAAGUGUAUGACUGAUAUGUGUGUAAAUAUGUGUGGAUUAAGCUCAGAUGGACAGAAAGACACAGGGUGUGUUCACUGGUCCAACCGUCAGAUGCCCUUAAAGAACAGAGAAAGCUGAAGUGAAAUGGUUUAAGCCGCGCUGUUACUACCCUGUUCACCAAACCUGGAUGCGUUACCGAGCACACGAGAAGCAAUCAUUGCAAGCCUAAUCCAGAAGUCUGGUCAUGCAAAAAGCUUGUUUAUAACCAACAAAAAGAAACUAGCCCCCUGGUCUGUUAAUGUUGCCAUUCUUUGCUAAGCCAGCCAAGUAGUUCCUGUUUUCUGGACUUGAUUCAUGCAUAUUCUGAUUGUUAUCAACGCUGGUUUCCUUGUCACAAAUAGGCAUGGGCCAAUUACCAACAGUUUGAAACACAUAAGAGUUUGCUCCAGUUGUGUGGAUUAUAGAGUAAGGCAGAUCUGCUGUGCACUGUACAUCAGCUGGCUCAAAGAUUUUUUUUUCCUCAGCCAGAAGACAAGCUAAUUGUAAAAAAAUAACCAUCCAGUGUUAUCUCUGCCUGAAGCUGCACAUUGCUGCUCAGCAGCUUAAAGAAAAGACCCCCUGUUGUUUAAAAGAAAGGCUUUUAUAGUCCUAUCGGGUUUAGAGGACACUGAGUUAAAGCUAUAGUAGGGUUCAGCUGAACAUAGAUUAUGGAUUUAUGUAAACUGGCUGAUAGAAGGUGACAUCACGUGGUUUUCCCUACUAUGAUAAAGGCAAGCCAGAGCACAGCUUGAUCAGAUGACGUUAACUUUUACCGCUUCCUACUACAAAAACGCUUCCUACUGUACUGACAAAAAGGGACGGCAGAAAAAGGGAUAAAAAAGCACUUAAACUUCAGACCUCUAGUUAAUAUUCUCUUAUGUCUGCGUAGAAUCCAUGGUAAUGUUACCAUGUUUUCCCUAAUUAAAUAAACUGGAUCUUAUUCCACAUUUGACGUAUUUAGUCCCCAUACAAUUGUAGAUGGAAUAAAAAUUGGCCCAUGCCUAAACACAAGGUAAAGCUGGUGGCACAAAGUUGUUUUGUUUUUUUUUCUCUAGGAUGGCUCGUCAUCUUUUAUAUUAAAAGCUGAGAGACCAGAUGUGAUGCUGACACGGCAUGGAAACGGCGUGCUUAUUCAGUCUAAUUUUAACUUUUUUGUAUUUAUUUAACCUUUUCUUUCUUUUAGACUGACAUUGUGAUCCUAUCUUUGAGUGCUGGAAUCAUUAUUUAAUCGUGUGACAAAUAAAUCCAAACUUUGUAAAGCAUCAAUGUCAUUAAAAGCGCCGGCUGUAGAGGUUGGAUUAAGCUUGCAAUGCAGUUAAGGUUUGAUUUCAUCGUUGGUAUAGGAAAGUGAGUUUUGUUUUCUUUUUCUAAAGAAAGUGUUGCUGGGGUGAUAUUUGGAUUGAUUUCAACUUUAUUUUCUUUCUGGAAUGCGACACUACAUCUUUGAACACUGUAAGAAGCCCCCAUCGAUGAAAACCCUCAUGCUAGCUGUGCUCUUUUAAUCUGGCUUACAAAUUACCUUUUAAAGAGGCAAAGUAAUAAUCCCAGAAGAAGAUUAAACCAAAUUAAUUAAUAAUCCAAAUUUUAUUCUACUUGGUAGCGCCUCAACCCCCUAGUGUAUUUUUCUGGUUUGAGUAAAUUAAGGCAUUUAAUAUAUAUAUAAAAUAUAGCGUUUUUUUAGUAAACAACAUGAGUAUGCACACUAUUUACAGAAAGCUUUGAAGUUUUAAUUUUAGAUUUUUUGCUUCAGCUAAACUCCUUCAGCAGUGUUGAUUAUUGACAGUAUAGAGGGAUCCUGCUUGCUGGUAGAUGUUUGUAUUUCCAUGUAAACAUGAGAUUUCUCUGACAGGCUGUCCACACUGUUCUCUCAUAGGUGAUCAUCAAUAAACAUUCACUGAAUCCGA